CAUAUUUCAUCCCAAUCCCUCAGUAUGAGACAUUUUAUCUAUACUGCUUAAAAGGAUGUCCUGAAGUCAGAUUUUUGUGCCAGUCUACACUGUAGAAGACCACCUAGGAAAGUGCAUAUUCUUUUUACUGUAUCAGUACUCUAGAACCAUCUAAUUAGUUCCUAGUGUUGAGACUUCAUUUCUGCAAGUAAACAUGGCUACCAUAACCCAGAACCUGUUUUUCCUGCUACUCUUUAUUCAACCUGAGAUAGGUCUUUCCACUCAUCAUCAAUGGGUUUCUAAGGACUUACCUUGUAAAAUAAAAGCAAAACAGAACAGCUCCUCGGUUCUCCUGAAUUGCAGUAAACAAAAGCUGAGAGCAGUCCCUCAGGAAAUAUAUGCAAAUGUUACUGGAUUGAUAUUGUCUUUCAACUGGGUUGAAGAGCUUUCUAAAAAGGAUUUUCACAACUUUAAGGACCUUACAUUUUUUCAAUUAAACUGGAAUUGGCACGUUAACCCAAAAGAAUCUAUUUUUGAUUUGUCUCCAAAAGCUUUACAAAUAGCAGAUGCAACUUUUUCAAACUUAAGACACUUAAAGGAAUUACAACUUAAUGGCAAUCAGCUAACCAAAGUGCCAGCAGGGAUUUCAUCUAGCAUAACUUCACUAAGUCUAAAGACCAAUAAAAUUGUUACUAUUGGGAAGAAUACUUUCAAAGAACUCACAAGACUGAAGGAACUAUAUUUGGAUGAGAACUGUUAUAUUGGUAAUGCCUGUGAAACACCUUUCAUGUUGGAAGAUGGGGCUUUUUCAGUCCUCACCAGUUUGACUGUUCUGUCACUUUCCUAUAAUAACUUGACCUGGGUGCCUCCCAAACUGCCUGUGUCCCUACAAGAACUUUAUUUGAGUCAUAACAAAAUAAAGAAUGUUGGUCGAGAUGAUUUUAAGAAACUAGUUCAUCUAAAAGUUCUUGAUUUAAGUGGCAACUGUCCAAAAUGCUUCAAUACACCUUUUCCAUGUGAACCGUGCACUGGAAACUCUUCCAUUCAAAUACAUCCUUUGGCUUUCCAAAAUCUUAAAAAAUUAAAGACUUUGGUUCUAUCCAGCAUGUCACUCACGAGCGUACCUGCUCUUUGGUUUCAGAACAUGCCAGAGCUAGAGGUGCUGCACCUUGCAUCUAACUUCUUACAGAAAGAAAUUGCUACUGGAGAGUUCUUUCAGAAUUUAUCUUCUUUAGAGGAACUUGACCUAUCUUUCAACUACCAGAAACAAACAUACACAAGGUAUCUAACCCUGUCACCAAACUUUUCUUUACUAGUAUCUCUAAAACGAUUAUAUAUCAAAGGUUAUAUUUUCAAAGAAUUAGAUACACUGCACUUGAAACCUCUCUUUGCUCUGAGACAGCUAACUGUCCUUGACCUUGGGCUAAAUUUUAUUAAAAGAGUUGAUUUGUCUGUUUUCCAGAAUUUUUGCAACCUCACAGAAAUAUAUUUGAAAGAAAACAAAAUAUUCCCACAAGCAACAGAAAAGAGUGGUUUUUUAAAACCAUUUGAGAAAGAGGACAAUCCUCCUAUCAUAUAUUCUGAUAAUAUAAAGCAAUCAUCUUACUUCCUUAAACAGCUUUGUACCUCAUAUGGGAAAGCCUUGGAUUUGAGUUUAAACAAUAUCUUCUUCAUUAACCCAAAUCAGUUUAAGGGCUUUGGGGAUAUUGCUUGUUUGAAUUUGUCUUCAAAUGGCCUUGGCCAAGCUUUCAAUGGCACUGAAUUAAUCUAUUUACCUAAUCUCAAAUAUUUAGAUCUCUCAUUUAAUAAAUUGGAUUUGACUAGUUACUCUGCAUUUAAAGAAUUACCUAACCUUGAAGUAUUAGAUCUUAGCUACAACAAGCACUAUUUUCUAGUGACAGGUUUUGCACAUCAACUACUAUUUAUUGAAAACCUUCCUAAUUUAAAAAUUUUAAAUUUAAGCUGGAAUGACAUUUCUGCACUAACAAAAUUUGAACUAAGGAGUGACUCCCUUCAAAAACUAGACUUCAAAGGAAACCGUCUUGGUCUCUUAUGGAAAAAUGGAGAAAUGAAUUACAUACAUUUAUUUAAGCAUUUAAAAAAGCUGACCCAUCUUGAUAUCUCAUACAACGGACUUCGAAAUAUCCUUUCUAAGGCUUUCCAAAAUCUGCCUCACAGCUUAACCGAAUUGUAUAUAAACAACAACAAACUACAUACCCUCAGCUGGGAAACUCUUAGCUACUUUAAGUCUUUGAAGUUGCUUGACUUAAGUCAGAACAAAUUCAAGGCUGUUGAUAUCCAGUACAACUAUACACAGUCCCUCCAGACUCUGCUGCUACGGAAUAACAAGAUUUCCAGGAUUGACUUUGUGUUGCCUGAGAAUGUCAGCAACCACCUGUAUCUGGAUUUGAGUUACAACCAAUUGCAGGUGUUAAAUCAGUCAACUCUCUUGUCAGGAGUUAUGCAACACUUGAAGGUUUUAAAAUUAAAAGGGAAUCCAUUUGACUGCACCUGCAAGAACAGUAACUUCAUAAGGUGGAUUCAGAAAACCAAAACUCCAAUCUCACAAGUAGGAAGAAAUGUCAUUUGCAUGAUCCCUGAGGACCAAAGACAGCAUAGUGUUCUCUUGAUUGACCUGCAUGCUUGCAUUCUGGAUAGUGUAGCAGUAAUAUUAUUUUAUAUAUCUUUCCUCACUGUUAUUAGCAUUAUGAUGACAGCAGUUACCAAACACUUAUAUUAUUGGGAUAUCUGGUAUGCUUAUCAUUCUUGUAUGGCAAAAAUAAAGGGCUAUAAGUCUACAGCCAUAGACAAAACUCUCUAUGACGCUUACAUAGCCUAUGACACUCAGGAUACAUCAGUAACUGACUGGGUAAUGAAUGAACUACGGUUUCAUCUAGAGGAAAAUGGCAACAAGCACGUUCUGCUUUGCUUGGAGGAAAGAGACUGGGAGCCGGGAAGGGCUGUCAUUGACAACCUCGCACAGAGCAUCCAUCUCAGCAAGAAGACAGUAUUUGUUCUAACUGAACGAUAUGUGAAAAAUGGGAACUUCAAAACUGCUUUUUAUAUAGCUCUGCAGAGACUAAUGGAUGAGAAUAUGGAUGUGAUUGUCUUUAUUCUACUGGAGCCGGUGUUACAGCAUUCCCAGUACCUGAGGCUGAGGCAGAGGAUCUGCAAGAGCUCUAUUCUUGACUGGCCUAAGAAUCCACAUGCUGAAGGCCUAUUCUGGCAAAGAUUAAAAAAUGUAGUGCUCACUGAUAACAGCACACGAGAUGAUGGGGUGUACAGCAUUUAGAGAGCAGUUAUAACAGCUUCUUCGGUUCUCGAAAAGUAACUCAUGAUUUUUCAGUUCCUCAGUGUUUGAGUGCCAAAUUUUAAAGGGCUUAAAAGAGUCCUAAUUUUCAGAGGUCAGAAGUGUUCAGCAUUUUCUGAAAAUCAGACUGCUCUAUAGCAUCCCUUGCCAGACAACCAACAUCACUGGUCACCGUUGAAAUCUUAGGCUGGUUUUCUGAAAGUUUUAUGUGGUGUCUUUAUGGUAAGCAUUAGGGUUGCCAAACAUCUGGUUUUCAACUGAAAGGCCUGGUCGAAAAGGGACAGGAUGGCUCCACUUGGCACUGUUUAUAGUUUAGCCAGCUGCCUGGCUCCGCGCAGCUACUGGAAGAGUCUGCUAGUUCUCUGCUGCCCUUAAGCACAGGGGGCUCCACAUGCCACCAC